AUGGCUACUGAGACAGAAGAAACAAGUGCACAUAUGGGUGCAAGAGCCGAAAUAAAAAAUCCACUGCAGGACCACACUGUUGGAAUAGUUUUCAUUUUUAGCACCAAGAACUGCACAAUUAUCCAAGUUACGGAUAUUACUGGUAGGGAUACUCUUGUUAAAGUAAGUGGUGGCAUGAAGGUUAAGUCUAAGAAAGACGAAGGAUCUCCAUAUGCAGCCAUUCAAGCUGCCCAGGAUGCAGCCGAGAGAGCUAUGAAGUGCGGUAUUACAGCAUGCCACUUUAAAAUCAGGGCCAGAGGUGGUAUCAAAAGAAAGAGCCUUGGCGCAGGAGCCCAGGCUGCUAUUAGAACAUUUGGGUCUUCUGGAAUAAAAAUAGGAAGGAUUGAAUGUGUUACACCAGUUGCUGCUGAUGGAACUAGGAAGAAAGGUGGUCACAGAGGACGUAGAGUAUGA